AGCAUUAAACGCAAUCUGCGGCUGAUCUUACAUCUAAGUGGUUGAUUCGAAUACGCUCGGAAUAAUAAUAAUUUAGUACAAUUUCUACAAUGGAUUUCAUUCCGCAGGAUAAAAUAUUAAAAGUAAAUCCAGAUACUCUGGAUGUUGUUAGGAAAGAAAUUAAUAUGGAUAAGCCGGGAGAGAUGAAGCAAGCCGUUAAUAUUGUAAAGGAAUGGAUUCAGCAGCAACCGCACUUGAGGAAGAAAGAUUUUACUGAUCAUUACAUAGAAAUCGCUAUCGUUACAUCUAAAGGCUCUAUAGAGCGGGCGAAGAAGCAGAUAGAUACAGCGUGUACUAUGAGAACUCUGAUGCCACAGUUCUUUGGGGUAACAAGCAUGGAGAAGGACUUCACCAAUCUUGUGGAUGCUGGGUACUUAGUGAUCAUGCCAAAAUUAAGCAAGCAGAACCAUAGGAUAAUGGUAUUACAAAUAACUGGCCCGCCACCUGAUUCCACUAUAUUCAUGAAAUUCUUUAAAUAUUCAUUUUUCUUUGCAGAAUACCUCAAGGCGCAUGACUAUGUCAGUAACUAUGAAUGCAUUAUUGAUAUGAGAUUAGCAAGCCUACCAGAUAUACUCUCAAGCAUGAAUCCAAUGGAACUAAAACAAGCAUUAACUAUUAUUGUUGAUUGCUAUGGAAUGCGCAUAAAAUCUAUUCACAUGAUAACAUCAUCGAAACUGAUUGAAACAUUCAUAUCGAUUCUGAAACAAUUGCUCAAACCAAAGAUGGUGCAAAGACUCCAUCAUCAUAAUGAUUGUGAUGAAAUAAUUAAGACAUUCGGAAAGGAAUACCUUCCCGAAGAAUUAGGAGGCACGGAAGGAUCUGUUAAAGACCUUAGAGAUAAGUGGCUCGAGACUUUAUUUAGUAAAGAAAACAUGGAGUACACCCAGGAAAUGAAUAGAGCAUUAACUGAUGAGAAUUGUCGGCCGAGAGGUAAAUUUAAUGAAGAAUACGCUGGCAUGCCGGGAACAUUCAGAGUAUUAAGCGUAGAUUAGAAUUAAGGCUAAACAAUUCUAAUAAUAUAAAUAGAUGGAAUUGAAAAUGUUCACGGAGUGGUUAAAAAAUUAAUCGAUAUGGUAAUGAUAUUAAUUUUUGUAAACCUAAAAGUAUGUAAAAGGAUUCUUGGAUGGAAAUGGGAAAGGUUGGGUGGGUUAAGAAGAAAUACAAAAUAGGGAAGGGGAACUUUCAUGAUUUCGUAUAGGCACAAAUUAUUAUUAUUAUCAUAACAAUCAUUUAUUUAAAAUUUUAUUGCUUUUUAACUGAAUUUAAACAUUACUUAUUUAUUGUAUCAUUUUCCCGAUGUUCUGAACAUAUAGUGAGGUUGGUCACGAGGGAUUAAGAUGUCUUAUCAGUAAUCCAUAUAUUGUUAUUUUCUAUGUACAUUGCCACCUCUAUUCCAUAGUUUGUACGUUUAUAAUUUUUCCGGGGGUUGUCAGUAUUGGUUUAUCAUAUUUUUUAUUUGAUUUCAAUAGCUUCGUGCCCAACUCCUGGAAAAGGUAAAUAGUAUUAAUGCCUAUCUGAAUUUAAUGCCCAUUUUAGGCUUUUUUUCAUUUCUAUGAGCAAGUUGCUUGACAUAAUAAUGUUAGUAGGCUGGUUGUCUUUCAACUGUGCUUAGCUUAGUUCAACUUGUAUGAUGCUGUGAUGGUGUCUAUAGCUUGCAGUCGCCACGUACUUACUAGAAAUGAUGCAAUUCCCUUUAAAAUGGGUGGCAUCACAGCAGUUGAUAAAAUGAAUUACCAACAGAAAUUGACGAGGGUGGAGACUCACCAUUGAGGAGGCCUUGUAAGUGGCUUUCCUAUACACUGUAAGGCUAAUCGGCACAUUUUAAUGAUAUGUUAUGAAAGGCUACACGGUUACCUAUUACCUUCUUUCUCAAUUGUAAAUAAGGUAUUUUAAUGUACGGCGUUAAAGAUGUUUUAAAAAUCACAAAAA